AUGUCAUAUAUAAAUAUUCCAAGGGAUCGAAAUGAUCCCAAUUAUAGAUAUAAAAUGCCCAAAUUAAUUUCGAAGAUUGAAGGUAGGGGGAAUGGAAUAAGAACGAACAUUGCGAAUAUGGGGGAAAUAGCUAGAUCUUUAAAACGUCCACCUAUGUAUCCAACUAAAUUUUUUGGUUGUGAAUUAGGAACUAUGGUGAAAUUUGAAGAAAAUGAAGAAAAAGCUAUUGUUAAUGGGGCACAUAAAGAAAAGGAUUUGGUUAAUAUUUUAGAUAAAUUUAUUGAGAUGUAUGUUCUUUGUCCUCAUUGUCUAUUACCAGAAACAGAUAUUAUUGUUAAAAAAGGUUUUUUAAUUUGCAAAUGUAAUGCAUGUGGAAAUAUAGGAGAACUAAAUAAUUCUCAUAAAAUUGCUACUUAUAUGAUAAAAAAUCCUCCUUUAAUUAGCACUGUAGGAAAUAAAAAAAAGAAAAUUAAAGAAAAGAAAGUAGAAAAGAAUGGAAAAAAUAAAAAUGAAAAAAUUGAAAAAAAUGAAGAAAAUAAAAAUGGGAUAAAUUCAGGAGCAGAUAUUGAAGGAUCUGAAGAGAUAGACACAGAUAAAAGUAAUCAGAAUACUAAAAAGGAGAAGAAAAAUAAGAAAAAAGAUAAAAAAAAGAAAGCAGAAGAUAACUUCGUUUUAGAAAAAGAAGCAUUAAAUUUUGAAAGUCCUGAAAUAAAAGAAGUUAUAGAUAGGUUAAGAAGUUUAUUUGAAGCUAACCCUAAAAUUAGUGAUAAUACAUUUUCGGAAGAACUAAGGGUUUUACAAGUAUCUCAAUGUUUUGAUUCCAAAUGUAGAAUUUUUAUUUGCUUAUGUUCAUUAUUUGAUGAUAAAAUAACUAAAGAAUUGUUAGAAAAAAAUAUAAGAUAUUUAAAAAAAAUUAACGAUACUUCUGUAACAAUUAAAGAUAUUUUUCUUGCCUUAGAAUAUUAUGUAAAUAAAAUAGCUGUCAACUCUAUUCAUAUUUAUCCAUAUAUAUUACAAGUUUUAUACAACAAUGAUAUAUUUGAAAGUAAAGAUAUUAUUAAAAGAUACGAUGAAAAUGAUAAUGAAAUACAAGAUCAAGUCAAUGAAGAUGAUUAUGUAAAUAAAUUUUAUAUUGAAUGUUAUAGCAAAUGUAAAAAUAUGGCUAAACCUUUUGUUAGUUGGUUAAAAGAAAAUGAUUCAGAUACUGAGUCAGAAGAAGAAAAUGUAAACAACAACGUUGUUAAAAAUAAUAUUAUAAAUUAUAAAGUAAAAUCAUUAGGUAAUAAUGAAGGAAAAAGUAAUAAGGAAAAUAAUAAUUGUUCUAAUGAAAAUGACAAGGUUUUUGAAGAUUCUAAAAGUGAAAAAUGUGAUGAUGAAAUAUUUUUAGAUGCAAAAGAUGGUAUAAAUUAUACAGGGGAUGAAGAAGAAAUUGACAUUGAUGCCAUUUAA